AUGGCAUUUUAUCCCCUGCAAAUUGCUGGACUGGUUCUUGGGUUCCUCGGCAUGGUCGGGACUCUCACCACCACCCUUCUGCCUCAGUGGAGAGUAUCAGCUUUUAUUGGCAGCAACAUUAUUGUCUUCGAAAAGCUCUGGGAAGGCCUCUGGAUGAACUGUGUCCAACAAGCCAAGGUCAGGUUGCAGUGCAAGUUCUAUAGUUCUUUACUGGCUCUCCCACCUGCCCUAGAAGCAGCCCGGGCCUUCAUGUGUGUGGCUGUUGCUCUCUCCUUAAUUGCUUUGCUUAUUGGCAUCUGUGGCAUGAAGCAAAUCCAGUGCACGGGCUCUAACCAGAGGGCCAAAGCAUACCUUCUGGGAACUUCUGGAGUCCUCUUCAUCCUGACGGGCAUCUUCGUUCUGAUUCCAGUGUGCUGGACAGCCAAUAUCAUCAUCAGGAAUUUCUACAGCCCUGUCGUCCCCAUAGGUCAGAAACGAGAGCUGGGAGCAGCACUUUUCCUUGGUUGGGCAAGCACCGCUGUCCUCUUUAUUGCAGGAGGUCUGCUCUGUGCGUUCUGCUGUUGCAACAGAAAGAAGGAAAGGCACAGAUAUCCGGCCCACGGACAUUUUGUGUCACACACAGAUAAGCGAAGGAACAUGACCCUGCUUAGUAGGACCUCCACCAGUUAUGUCUAA